CACAUGUCGCUGCGGGCACAUUACUUUGACAUCUUUGCUUCCCCUCAGAUGACACUUUGGCUCGUACACUUCGACAACUACCGCUCCAAAACUAGCUGGAAAGCUGCCAUGGCGAACGGUGACAGCCAUCCAACUUUGGAGUCGUGGCUAAACCGGGCAACAGAUCCAAACAACCAAGAGGACAGAUGGGACUGCAUCCAGGCUUUCUUUCAAUUGGUUAACAAAGAAGAUAAGGGUCCAGAGGAAGCGCUCAGUCUUCUUGCUCAUAAAAUCCAGUGUCCCCAAGAAAAAGUGGCUCUUCAAGCUCUUACUGUUCUCGAGGCAUGCAUGAACAACUGCGGCAAGAGGUUCCGCGGCGAAGCUGACAAGUAUCGAUUCCUUAACGAGCUGAUCAAAGUUUUGGUGCCGAAGUACUUUGGUUCGUGGACUGCCCAGACAGUUAAAGACAGACUGACCCAGGUUCUUUAUGGUUGGACACUGUGGCUUAAAGAGGAAGCAAAAAUUCAGGCCACCUACUCCAUGCUCAAAAAGCAAGGAAUCAUUGAAAAGGAUCCAGAACUUCCAGACACUAUCAUCAUGACCACUCCACCUCAAAGAGUCUCAGACUCGGUUUUUGACCAAGAGGACAAGGCAACGCUCCUUGACAGGUUGUUAAAAAGGGGACGUCCUGAAGACCUGGAGGCCGCUAAUAUGCUCAUUAAAAGCACAGUAAAAGAGGAGCAAGACAAGGCAGAGAAAGUGUCAAAACGCGAAUCCACAUUGAAAGAGGUGGAAAACAGCAUCGAGCAGCUGAGACAGAUGUUGGAAAAGCAUACUAGUGCGCUUUUACAGCCCAAUGAAAAAUUAAAGGAGCUGUAUAAAAGCUGCGAGUGUUUGAGGCCGAGGCUUUUCCGGCUUGCGAGCGAAACGGCGGACGACGACGCAGCACUGAUGCAGAUCCUGGCGGCAAACGACGAGCUGGCGCUCGUCCUUAACGCCUACAAGCAGCAAACGGAGCGGAAACGAAGCAGUACAAGUGAACAAGGCGAAAUGGAAAACGUCAAAACUCCUACGAGUCCCCGAGAGUUCAAGAGCUACCAACUUAUUGACCUCUCCGCUGUGGACUCACCUCAGGCAGGCAGGACAGACUCACGUUCGUCCUCUGUCUCAUCCUCACCUGUUUUCUUCUCAUGCUUUGAAAGCACUGAACAGAACCCUCCGCCAUCAGAAUUGUCUCUUCUGUCUCCAAAAUCGUACUAUGAUGAACUACUUCAGCUCAAUGUAGCAGUCGAUGGAACAAAUAAAGAGAUGAGCCCUUCGCUGAGAGCUCGCGGAUGCGGAGAAAACGGUUUUUCACUAAAUGGAACGAACAUAGGUUCGCUGAAUCAUCAGUUCACAUGUUUAAGUUUGCCUUCAAGUCCCUCUCUAUCGUCAGCACCUUCAAAAGACGUGCUGAAAGAAAUCUUUGUUCCUAUGGAGAGCAUUAAAUCAAGUCAGUUGGAGCCCAUCACCAUACACGACAAAGGCGGAAUCCACGUCUCGCUUCAUUUCGCCAGGGACUCGCCGCCCGGUCAUCCCGAUGUGGUGGUGGUUGUCGUCUCCACAGUGAACACUUCUUCCUUGGAAGUGAAAGACUUCCUGUUUCAAGCUUCUGUUCUAAAGACCAUGUCAGUAAAACUUCAACCACCGUCAACAACACACCUGCCACCAUACAACCCAUUCCUUCCCCCACCUGGUAUAACACAGGUCAUCCUGUUAGCUAAUCCAAACAAGCGUAAAAUGCGUAUGCGCUAUGAGCUUACGCUGACACACGGACGCCAACAGCUGAACGAGAUCGGAGAAAUACAAAACUUCCCGGACUGGACGUCUCUGAUUGGCUGCUGA